AUGAGUCAAAACCACCACGCGCGUAGAGUACCAACGCCCGGCGCGUCGAGAAAACGCAAGGAUACGACGGAGAGUUUCGACUCCGGGGCCGCUCCGGCUACAUCGAACUGGUUGCUGGCAGGUUACAUGGCGCACGAGUUCCUCACAUGCGGGACGAUGUUGGGCCGGAAGCUCAAUCUUGGAUGGGCCGAGGUUGGGCCGCUGAGCUCGCCGUCGCCGCAGCAGCAGAGAGAAGCGAAGAAGGCUCACCAGAGCUACUCCGACGUGGCGUGUGUGUUCAAAACAGAUGGGACCCACGUACCUGGUGUGGUUAACCCGACCCAGCUUGCUAAAUGGAUCAAGAUGUGA